GGAAGGCUGGUCUCAGAUUUGGAGAGCAGCUCGGGGAAGGGGCACGCGCUGGCUCCCUCGACUUCCGUAGACCCCGAGUCCGCCGGCCCCACGGCCCUUGCUAAAUGGAGCUGCGUUUGUCUGUGUUCUGUUUCCUUGAGAUCAGAAGCUAUCUUCUCCAGAGCUGUGAACCGACCAGCAAGUGAAGCUGCAUGGGAUAAGGAUGCAGACCACACCCGCUCUUGGGAAUGGGAGCUGAGCCCAGCAGGUUCCUGCCACCGAGGUCCGCUGAUCCUGAUUCUGUUGCCCCGUGUGAGACCAAGAAGCCACAACCCAGGUGCACCCUCGACAUCUUGUCAUUCCAGGACGAGAUGCCUUUGACCUUCCAGGAUGUGGCCGUGUACUUCUCCAGGGCAGAAGGGCAGCAGCUGGGCCCCCAGCAAAGAGCACUCUAUCGGGAUGUGAUGCUGGAAAACUAUGGGAACGUGGCCUCACUGGGAUUCCCUGUCCCUAAGCCAGAGCUGAUCUCCCAACUGGAACAAGAGGAGGAACUGUGGGUUCUGGAUCUUCUGGGGGCUGAAGAACCAGAGGUUUUGAGAACUUGCCGGACAGGAUCUUUCAUUGGCUUGAAGUUUAGGCUAGUCGAGUCCCAAGGAUCCUCCUGUUUUGCCCUCCCCAGUGCUGGGAUUACAGAUUCUGAAGCUGGGACUGAGAAGGAGCUAUCCAUUCUAAAUCAGAGGUGUUCUAAAGAAGCAAAAACCCCAGAAUUCAAUUCACCAGAAUUCUCAAGGACUAAUCCACAGACACCUGAGACCAAGGAAAUUCGAAACCAUGAAGAUCAGUGGGAAGACAAUCUGGGAGGUUCUGCUGGUCACAGUGUAAAGAGAGUUGUUAGACCCGAGUCUGUUAGGUGUAGGGAACAGCCUCCCGAAGAGAAUACCCAGGCAUGUGGUACAUUUGAUAAACACUUCAAAUCAAGACAAAGUGUUGUUAGAAUUCAAAGAAAUAGAUCAGGACAGAGAGUCUUUAAGUGUGAUGUAUGCAGCAAAACAUUUAAAUACAAUUCAGACCUAAAUCGCCAUCACAGAAGUCACACUGGGGAAAAGCCCUAUGAAUGUGGUCCUUGUGGACGGUCCUUUACACACAGCUCAAACCUUAUUUUGCACCAACGAAUUCACACAGGGAAUAAACCAUUUAAAUGUGAUGAAUGUGGGAAAACUUUUGGGCUUAAUUCUUACCUCCGCCUGCAUCAGAGAAUUCAUACUGGAGAAAAACCUUUUGGGUGUAGUGAAUGUGGGAAAGCUUUCAGUAGAAGCUCAAGUCUUAUUCAGCAUCGCAUAAUCCACACAGGAGAGAAACCUUAUAAGUGUAAUGAAUGUGGGAAAGCCUUCAGCCAGAGCCCCCAGUUAACUCAGCACCAGAGGAUUCACACAGGAGAAAAGCCCCAUGGAUGCAGUUGGUGUGGAAAGGCUUUUAGUCGGAAUGCAAGCCUUAUUCAGCAUCAGAGGAUUCACACAGGUGAGAAGCCUCACAAAUGCAGUCAGUGUGGGAAGGCCUUCAGUCAGAGUUCCAGCCUUUUUCUCCAUCACAGGGUUCACACUGGGGAGAAGCCCUAUGUAUGUAAUGAAUGUGGCAGAGCCUUUGGCUUCAACUCUCACCUUACUGAGCAUGUAAGGAUUCAUACUGGAGAAAAGCCCUAUGUUUGCAAUGAGUGUGGCAAAGCCUUCAGCCGCAGUUCCACUCUCAUGCAACAUCGUAGAGUGCACACAGGGGAGAAGCCCUAUCAAUGCACUGAGUGUGGAAAGGCCUUUAUCCAGAGUUCUCAGCUCACCCUACACCAACGUGUCCAUACAGGAGAAAAGCCAUAUGAGUGUGGGCCCUGUGGGAAAGCUUUCAGUAGGAGGUCAGCACUUACUCAACAUCAGCGGAUUCAUGUGGGGGAGAACCCUCAUGAAUUUGGAUGUGGGCCAGCCUUUGUUUAUGACUCCAGCCGUCCGCCAAGUGGAGACAGACGGGGCAGAACUUUCAGCCGUGGUGCAAACCUUGUUUUGCAGUGGACAAUUCACAGUGGUGAAAACUCCCUGGGAUGUAAUGAAUGUGGGAAAACUUUGAGCCCUACACCACAACCCACUGAACAUCAGACAAUUCAAGCUGGGGAGAAGCAGUAUAAAGGCCAAGAAUGUAGGCAAGCCAUUGGAGGCUCAGCCCUUACUCAACAUCAAGCUACCCCUGUUGGAGAGAAACCUUUGAAUGAUGGAUCUGAAAGAUAUUUAAUUCAUAUCAAAAAGGUUUUUCAAGAAAGACAUUUUUAAUGUGACAACUGUGAGAAACAGUUUAGUAAUAGUUCAUUUUAUGGUUGAUAGAAUGUUUAAUGAAAGUUAAAUAAGGUUUUUAAAUAUUACUAGCAUACUCAAGUGUAAAGAGGUUGGAGUCUAUGUGGCCCAAUGUCUUUUCUUCAUAUCAGGGUGUGAUCUGACUUAGCAGCUACUAUCAAGUAAAGGACAGCAUUUCAUCAAAGGGCUGAAUUUCAGUACCAACGAGUACUCACUGAAAGGUGUCAAGUAUAUGCGGAUCUUUGAAGCAGUAGUCUUGAAAGAGACUCUGAUCUGGGGUGUUGGAUUUAUCAUCUUCAAGAAUAUUGACGAUGAAAAGGACAUCAUGUGUACAAUUAGGCAGAUGGUUUGAGAACCAAGGUGGCUCUACUAAAGGCCAGACUGGGCAUAGAUUCUCCAAGAGUGAAGGGAACCAAGGCAUUGGAGUAGCCACAUUGAGGCCUGGAGUAGGGGCUACAUAGAUUGUAGAAGGUAUUGCAUAGAGUCGGGAUGGCAGCUGCACUGAUGAGCUAGAGUAGGUCCUACUAAGAUAGUGACAACAGCUGCAAUAAAAAGUUUUUGCUGGA